AUGCUGUUCCAUAUCGACGACCUUCCAGUCUACUUCCCAUACGACAGGAUCUAUCCGGAACAAUAUGCCUACAUGUGCUCACUCAAGCAAACUCUGGAUGCUCAAGGCCAUGGCGUACUUGAGAUGCCUUCGGGAACUGGAAAGACAGUGUCUCUUCUGUCACUCAUCGUCUCAUACCAGCAGCACUAUCCCGAAAAGCGCAAAUUAAUUUACUGCUCGCGUACCGUGCCCGAGAUCGAGAAAGCGCUGGCAGAGUUGAAGCGUCUUGUCGAAUACCGAAAGAGCUGUGGAUUGAACGAGACGAUAUUGGGACUCGGACUGACAAGUCGUCGCAACCUGUGUCUACACCCCUCGGUCAGCAAAGAAAAGAAGGGCAAAGUCGUCGACGCUCGCUGUCAUAACCUGACGGCACCAUGGAUUCGGGAGGCAGAACAGGCAGGACAGGAUAUCGAAACAUGCUCGUUUUACGAGGAGUUGGAGCGGGGUGAUGUUCGAGAGUUAGUCCCGGAUGCGAUCUACACAUUGGACGACAUCAAGGAGCUGGGAAAGGUCAAGAAGACCUGUCCGUACUACAUGGCUCGCCGUCUGCUUUCACACGCCAAUGUGAUUAUCUACUCGUAUCAUUACAUGCUCGAUCCCAAGAUCGCCGACUUGAUCUCUAAGGAGUUGUCGAAGGAUUCGAUCGUUGUCUUUGACGAGGCACAUAACAUUGAUAACGUUUGUAUUGACUCGUUGAGUCUGGAUAUCAUGCGGCCGACAUUGGAGGCGAGUUCAAAGAGUAUCGCCCAACUAUCGGAGAGAAUUGAGACAAUGAAGCAGCAAGGAUCAGAAAAGCUAAAGAACGAGUACGAAAAGCUAGUGCAGGGACUACAGGACACACUGGCAGCCCGAGACGAGGAAAGCAUCAUGGCCAACCCAGCUCUACCAGAUGACCUCUUGCAUGAGGCGGUGCCAGGAAACAUUCGUAAGGCCGAGCAUUUCGUUGCGUUCCUGAAGCGAUUCAACGAGUAUCUCAAGACCAGAUUGAGGGUACUGAACGUCACGGCAGAGACUCCAUCAUCUUUCUUACGGCAUUUGAAGGAGAUCACUUUUAUUGAGCGGAAACCGUUGCAGUUCUGUUCUGAGCGACUGUCGCUUCUCACCCGUACGCUGGAACUCAACAACUUGGAUGAUUUAUCAUCGUUGCAGAGGGUGGCUGCGUUGGCGACACUCGUAGCAACAUACGACAAGGGAUUCAUGUUGGUACUCGAGCCCUAUGAGAGCGAGAACGCCACGGUGCCUAACCCGAUUCUACGAUUCGCCUGCCUGGAUGCCGCAAUUGCGAUCAAGCCAGUCUUUGAGCGGUUCUCGUCUGUCAUCAUCACCUCAGGAACACUGUCCCCUCUGGACAUGUACCCCAAGAUCCUGGAUUUUAAAGCGACUGUGCAGGAGAGUUAUCCUAUGACCCUGACCAGGAACUGCUUCUUGCCCAUGGUCAUUACAAGAGGAUCGGAUCAGGUCGCUAUCUCGUCCAAGUUUGAGGUCCGCAACGAUCCUGCGGUGGUUCGCAACUUUGGCAACAUUCUCAUUGAGUUUGGAAAAAUUGUACCGGACGGCAUCGUGGCCUUCUUCCCCAGUUAUCUAUACAUGGAGAGUAUCAUUGCCAUGUGGCAUGAGAUGGGUAUUCUGACGGAGGCAUGGAAGACAAAGCUGAUUUUCGUCGAGACACCAGAUUCGGCAGAGACAUCGAUUGCAUUGGACAACUACCGGCGGGCGUGCGAGAACGGUCGUGGCGCGAUUCUUUUGGCCGUCGCUCGUGGAAAGGUGUCGGAGGGAAUCGAUUUCGAUCAUCAUUACGGGCGCGCUGUCGUGAUGUUUGGUAUCCCUUACCAGUACACCGAGUCGAGGAUCCUGAAGGCGCGUCUGGAGUUCCUUCGAGAUGAGCAUCGAGUCCGUGAGAACGACUUUUUGACAUUCGAUGCCCUCCGUCAUGCUGCUCAGUGUUUGGGACGUGUCCUGCGAGGAAAGACGGAUUACGGACUGAUGGUGUUUGCGGACCGACGAUAUGCUCGCCAGGAUAAACGAUCCAAGUUGCCAAAAUGGAUCAACCAGUACAUUACCGACACCAGCGUCAACCUGUCGACGGAUAUGGGAAUUGCGAUCGCGAAAAAGUUUUUGAGAUCGAUGGCCCAACCCCUGGAGACUCAGGCGCAGAUGGGUGUUAGUCUGUGGACUCUGGACGAUGUCCUGGCGCGACAGAAGGCACAAAAGGAGAAGCUGGAGCGUGUUGGUGGAGUGCACCAGCAGCUUCAACAGCAGUAUGGUGCUGCUGAGGCGCAACGCAUGAUGCAGGCUCGCGCAUCUGGAGACGUUUACAUGGAGGUGGAUUAA